UCAUCACAGCUUUGAAGACUCUCUAUCACACCCGAAACGGCAAGAACGCGAGCAAGAACAAACAAGUGCAGCGCUUCUUGAAGAACAUGUCCAUCAAAGAAGGCAAGCGCAUGAACGACCCUGUCUCCGUUGCACAGAUCAGACCCUUCAUCAAAGUACACAAACUCGACCAAAGUGAUUGGCUGCUCCCAGUGGACGAUGAGAACAAGAACUAUCUCUGCUUCAAUGAUUUCUUCUAUCGCAAGUUGGCGCCGGGUGCGCGGCCAAUAGACUCUGAGG